AUGGUUCGUGACUAUGUUGUAUAUCAGUAUGAUGUAGCUUUCCAAAUCAAGGCGAAGUCAGAAGUGCUGGUGACGGCAGAUUUUGCAGGGAAUAGUGAAUGGGGGGACAAUGAUCCCUCAGUUCUUGUGAUAAAAAUUUCGGGAGAAUUACAGGGUGAGUUUCAAGUGACUAAUGGUUAUGGAUCACAGAGAACCCCACAAAUUAUGUGGAACCAUUGGAACACAUACAUAGUUGAGGAUGACUACGAGUUCAUAUCAAGUAACGGAUUGAACGCUGUGAGAAUUCCUGUUGGUUGGUGGAUAGGAAGCGAUCCAACGCCCAAUCCCUACGUUGAGGGAUCAUUGCAUGCGAUGGACAAAGCCUUCUUGUGGGCUAAGAAAUAUGGGGUGAAGAUUAUAAUUGACCUUCAUGCAGCGCCCGACUCUCAAAAUAGUUGGGGACACAGCUCUUCUAGAGACGGGUCUCAAGAAUGGGGCAAAACAGAUGAAAAUAUUCAACAAACAGUUUCUGUAAUAGAAUUGCUAACUGCAAGGUAUGCAAAGAACCCAAGCCUUUAUGCAGUUGAACUCAUCAAUGAACCUGUAGCACCAGGAGUAUCACUAGAGAGCCUAGACAAGUACUACAAGGCUGGUUAUGAAGCCGUGCGCAAGCACUCCAAUGCUUAUGUGGUGUUGUCUAACCGGUUAGGACCGGCCGACCUGAGGGAGUUCUUGUCUCUUGCUAGUGGCUUCAUGAGAUCAGUCAUAGAUGUCCAUUAUUACAACCUCUUCUCCAGCGAAUUUGACAGCAUGACUGUUCAAAAGAACAUUGAUUUCGUUCACCGCAACAGGACCUCGCAGUUGAAUUAUAUCACAACAUCAAAUGGACCCCGUAUUUUUAUUGGUGAAUGGGCAGCUGAGUGGGAUGUUAAUGGAACAACAAAAGAAGAAUACCAAAAAUUUGCCGAGGCCCAACUACAUAUUUAUGGGCAUGCAACAUUUGGAUGGGCUUAUUGGACUCUUAAAAAUGUCAAUAACCAUUGGAGUUUGGAGUGGAUGAUCAAGAAUGGCUAUAUCAAACUUUAGUUUAGCAGUUUUUAACAGUUGGGCUUUCCUGGAGACGCGAAGGCUUGUUCAAGUGUUUCCAGAGCAUGUGCGGAAAUUAUGGAAUAAUUGGGAGCUACGAGUGUUGGUUCUUGUCAGUCUCACCUUGCAACUAUGUCUUCUUCACUUCGGCAGUCGCCGAAGAUAUAGUGUUAAAACUUGGUUAAGGGUCUUUCUCUGGCUUUCGUACCUAGGUGCUGAUUCAGUGGCAACUAUUGCACUAGGUGUCAUCUCCAAUCACCAAGGAAUUCUUGUGAUUGCAAUGAUUCCCAAUCACAGAAUGAGCUCAUGGCAUUCUGGGCACCGUUUCUGUUGUUGCACCUUGGCGGCCAGGACACAAUUACAGCUUACGCAGUACAAGACAAUGAAUUGUGGUUAAGACAUUUGCUUGGACUAGUUGUUCAAUCAGGAGUGGCACUCUACAUCAUUCUCUUGUCUUGGAAGGUCAGUUGGCUCUUGGCUGUCAUUUUUAACCAUUCCAAUGUUUCUUGCUGGGUUUAUCAAGUAUGCGGAAAGGACAUGGGUCUUGAAAUCAGCAAAUAAUCCUAUUUCGAGUCCAAGAUUUUCAAUUAUGGGUGAAAUGUUUGAUUUCACAGAUCCAUCCAUGUAUUCAUGAGAUAAG